GAGAGAGAGAGAUAGAGAUAGAGAUAGCAACAGCGAAGAACGAAAGAGACAGAGAGAAGAAGAUUCUGAUCGGAGGAUAGAGAGAGAAGAUGGAAGAAGACGUCGGAGGCGGCACGGCGAUUUACGGAGAUGUCGAGACGGUGCAGUACAUACGGACACAUCAUCAACACCACUGCAGAGAGAACCAGUGUACCUCUGCUCUUGUCAAACACAUCAAAGCUCCUGUCCAUCUCGUCUGGUCACUGGUGCGUAGGUUUGAUCAGCCGCAGAAAUACAAACCGUUCGUGAGCAGAUGUACAGUGAUCGGUGAUCCUGAAAUCGGCAGCCUCAGAGAAGUAAAUGUCAAAUCUGGUCUUCCGGCAACAACGAGUACAGAAAGGUUAGAACUUCUCGAUGAUGAUGAACAUAUCCUCGGUAUCAGGAUCAUUGGUGGUGAUCACAGACUCAAGAAUUACUCUUCGAUAGUGACAGUACAUCCAGAGAUCAUAGAGGGCAGAGCAGGAACAAUGGUGAUCGAAUCCUUUGUAGUUGAUGUUCCUCAAGGUAACACAAAGGACGAGACUUGCUACUUCGUUGAAGCACUCAUCAGAUGCAAUCUUAAAUCACUAGCAGAUGUUUCUGAAAGACUGGCUUCUCAAGACAUUAUCUAAUCUUCAGAUCUUGAAGGAAUCAAUUACAGUAUGUGAUAUAAUAUUCUUCAGGGUUUCUUCUUUUUGGCUUUGGUCUCUCUCUCUCUAUAUAUAUAUGAUCUCGGUAAUUAAGAUAUAUUUUUCCAAUGGUGAAGUUUUGAUUGUAAAGAUGUCUUCUGGUCUGGUUGUUCUAUGACCGUUGCUUUAUCUGUAGAUAACUUUUGUAAAAAAAACAAAAGAAAAAUGUACAUAUAUGUGAAUAUUAUGUUUAUAUA